GCUGCCCGUGUCAGAAGGCAGACAUGGGACCAAUCACAACUUGUGAGCUGCUGAAUGACGCCGGGAGUCCUGCCUCUGAAACUUUUGAGGGGAAAAAAUAACAACCGACUUCAAUUGUUCCCACCGCUUGGUCACAGGCUCGGACAAGUUGCCAGAGAUCUACAGACACUUCCCACAGCCCGGAGCAGGCUCCUCUGUGCUUCAGCAAAUCACACCAGAGGUGGGUGACAGCGCCAUGGAGGAUUAACAAGCAAGAAUAAGGUACUGGUAGAUCAGACUAUCCGCCCGGGUCAGUAACAGCCAGCAAUAAUAUCCAGGUCUCCUGGCUGAAAGCUCCACAAAGGCUGUCUAAAACAAAAAGAGAAGAUAAUAGGCACUUUGCACUGUUCCUGACAACUUCUCUUCUUUCCUGCACUCCUAAAACCUCUGAUUUGUGCCCUCUGCUUUCUUGUUGCCAUGGAGAAGGUCCAAUACAUAACCCGCUCUGCUCUGAGGAGAGCCUCAACUAUUGAGGUCAACCCACAAGCACGCCAAAGGCUCCAAGAGCUUUUUGUGAAUUUCUGCCUGAUUUUAAUUUGCCUCUUGCUGAUCUGUAUCAUUGUGAUGCUCCUCUGAAGUUCCAGCACUUCUCUGCACUGUCCUCUAGGAAAGUCACCCCAGAGGGAAGAGACCUACACCCGCAACUCCCAAUGCAAGGAUCCUCUCGUGAGAGGGGCUAGCACUUGGACUAGAGCUGUAUGCCAACCAUCGCACUAUUCUCUUACUACCUACUACAUGUAUUAAAAACACACUUCUGUGCAGAACAGUGUUUAGAGCCUGUUGUUACAAAGCUGUGCAUGACCUAGUUUGUCUGUCUCAAUCAAGAGAUGUCUUUUCUGAAUGGGGUAAAGUACUGGCUCUUCGUGGAGUUGGUAAGUUCCUCAAUGUUUUAGCUAGAUCACACGAACAGCAAAUUCACUUUUUGGGGGUCUGACUGUUUUUUGGUUUCUCUGAAAAUCCUUAAGCCCUUCGGAGGCGUUCCAAAUUUGGCCCACAUCAGCCCCCAGAAGAGCUGCAGGCACACAGCCCUCAACGCAUCCUAGGAAAAUUUAUGUUCUGCUUACUUCAGGGUGCUGCAUCUCUGCAUUAUCAACUGACAGCAUUCAAAUUAUUUUAGUGGUUGUUUAAGGGAAUGUAAGAAUAAAACAAAAAUCUCUUCUAACCCAGAAAUAAAAACUAUUUCCUAUGCUUUUCUACCUAUUUAAGGGAUCUUAUAUAUACAUGUGUGUACACACAAAACUUGGAUCUGAAAAGAAAAAAGGCAACUUCAUUUACAGUAUUUUUCACUAGAUGCAUCCUUACAAAACUAAGUGGCAUCUAGAAAGCUUUUCACUAUGCUUUGCAGAAAAAAAUGAUACCACCACAUUGGUAUCAAAGAUUUAAUUUUCUGUAGUCAUUUAACUGACAUGACAGUUGGCAAAACUCAGAAAUAAUUAUCAGGCUUCUUAGUAUUUGGCUUCAGACAACUUUAUUAUGACUUGCUGUAAUUUAUAUAAUAAUUUCCUUAGUUUAAAACUACAGCAAACUUGGUACUUGCCAGUGUCACACAAGGCAGCUUAUAUCUGAUGUGGUAAAGAGAAAGGUGUAGGUCACCCUUACUGCUGUGACUGAAGUGUAUCAUACAAAUACAUGUAACAUGACCACCUUUAAAUGCAAAUGCCUGUUAGGGAACAUGCAAAUAUUUUCCUAAAAUAAAUGAUACAUUAAAAAAAUAUAAAUUAUAAACAAUUACACACAGGAGGAAAAGCACUGCAGAAAUAUCUUUUCAACAUGUAAACCACAGCCUAUACACGUAAAAAGAUAAAGUUUCUACUCCAGCAGUUGUCAGUACCAUGACUGAGCAGUAGACUUCCAACCCUUCUACAAGUUGCUGCUAUUAAGCUAAAUUCCUAGAAACUUUACACAGAUUUCAAAUUUAAAGAAAGCUCAAGAAUCAACAGACAGAGGUCAAACAGACGUUCAUUUUUUUUAAAACAGGCAUCUUUCUAUACCACUCUACGUAAGCAAUUCUGUUGAUGAAUACAGAAAACCAAAACAAGUUUAUCUUAAUCUUGUAUUCUGCCUUUAAGACGUAAUAUUCCAUGAGCAGAGGUUGACAAUGAACAGUUGAGCAGGAAGGGAAGAUAUCUCUGAAAAAAACUCUGCACUUGAUGGAAUGCAAGCAAGUCCAGCUGUGAUAUACUUCCGAUCGGGCAAAUAGAUAUGCUGAGAUCAGACCUCUGAAAUAAGGUUAAUCACUAGAGGAAAUUCAUUAGCUACUGUUGGAGGAUCAGGGCAAGCUCUGAUGAGAUCGGCAACACACACCCCCACUUGCAAGUUAGUAUAUGAGUAUUACUGAUUUGAACUGUUAAUUCUAAAUCUCAAUUUCCAUUUCAUGCAUUCUGACCACUCUCUCAAAUGCAUGAGAUUAAUAAGUGCACUUUCCCUAUUAAUCCUUCUUAAGAAAAGCCACAAACACAGUGAACCUCGGGGCAGUGGGAGAAGGUGAGAAAUAGAAAAAUCUAAAGUUACUUUAUUCUCUCCUUAAAUCUGUAUUUUUUGUGAUAGACAGGGUUUCCAGUUUUAGUUUGCUUUCAAGGUGUUUCAAGAGACUUCAAUUGGAAAUAGACAACAGUUUUACAGUACUGAAAGCUUCCUGAAGAAAAAAAGGUAUCAAGAGUAAAAUAUCAGCAUGUACAUUCUGAAGACAUGUUGGUAUUAUAGGUUUCACAAGCCAGUAAUACAUACAAGUCAAAGUAAAGCAUUGCUUAAAAAUAAUAAACUCCCCCCCUCGUAAAAAACACACGACUUUCCUUUUAUGUACCUGAAAAUCCAAUAUUUAUUUUUAAACAAUAAACAACCAAGAACAAAACCAAAGUAUAAACAAACUGGAAGCCCUACUGUUAUUCUACAGUGAUGCAGAUCAAUUACACAUACUGUACGGUUCAUUUGUAUUUUAGGAUUUUGCUGAUCAGAAAGUCUGCUGCCAUCCUUUAUAUCACUAAAUGUCAACUGAACCCAGAGAGUAAAAAAUAAAACCUUUUGUACAUAGUCCAAUCUUCUUUGUGUACUUAUAGGGGCUUUAAAAUUAACAUUUACUGUACUUUUAUUUAUUAAAAUGACUGCUUGAAAAUAUAUUAAUGCAUAAAAUACUUAAAUACAAUUCUGUUUAGCAAGAAGAAUCUAUUUUAUCAUCUGCUCAUUAAAAUCAUGUGAAAAACAGCUAGUCAUCACACAGCUUUCUAAUUCUUUAUCCCUCUAUAUAUUGUUUUGUUUUUCAGUAGUAAUCUUGCCUAUUUUGCAAUGUCCAGAUCACCUACACAUACUUAAUUUACACUCACUAACUAGUGCACAUAAGUGAUCCUAAUGAAUUUUAUGAAAGUGUAAUCUGAAACUUUUAUGAGCCGUAAUAAAAAUUCCAAACACAGCAUGUAGCUUGGAUUAAGUUUUCAAUUCUCUGUUCCACUCCACCCGUGGCUACAUCUUUUUGAUAAGUUCAUCUUACACACUGAAUGUGAAUAAAGCCAGCUAAACAGGCAAUGAUCUGCUAUUACUCUUCCUUCAAAAAAACAAAUUACAAACUUCCGUAGCAAUUUUACAUGGGGAAAGAGCUGAAUCAGGAAGAAUAAUAUGCCAGGGUUUUAAAGAUGUGUCUCCUCGGGCAGCUUUUCAGCAGCAAUUGGUAUAUCUACCUAUUUUUCUCUAGGUGAAGACAUGACCAGUUUCAGAAUUUAAAUUUUGCUCUGAUCAAGACUAGUCAGUAAGGCACUUUAGAGGGCAGCAGGUACUUGCACUUCUCUAUUAACUUUUCUGCAUCAAUUCAGCAACAACUGCCCUUUCUAGCAGAACUGAACCACUCAGUGGAAAGCCAAGCGUAAACCAGGCUUCAACAAAAUUUCUCACAAAACACGCACAAAAUGUUUGCCACCCUGGCACAAAGAACUUCUGUGUAAAUUUUGUUACAACGACACACAGAACAAUAAUCCCAUCAGACACACACUCGUGUUGGGAUUUACUGUACCUAUAUCCACUCUGCCAAAAUAAAUUAGAGCAGAGUAAUGAAGGCAUUCACUUACAGAGUAUUCUUGUUCAUAUCUGGAAGCAUACUAAUAUACUAUAGAUUACAGACCAGAUACCUGUAUUUGUAUGGCUAUUAAUAAAUAAUGUCUGUCAGAAUACAAUUAGAAAGUAUUUGUGAAGUCCUACAAGAUCCACAGAUAUGUUUUAUUGAACAAUGAAUGUAGUCCUUUUAGCUUUGACCUAGAUGUUAAAAAGCAGAAAAAAAGAAGAAAAAUAAUCUGGUUUGGUUAUGAAAGGAGAUGAAUGAACACCUGUUGUUCACUGCAAGGAUUAAAAACAGAACAACAUAUUUAUAAUGUUUCCUUUAAAAAUUAAUGCUCAUCUCAGCAAGAACCCUGGUAAUUUAAAUAUUUAAAACAGACCAUAGAUUUAUUGUAAUAUGUGACACUUUAGUCAAACUGAUUGCUUUAUAAACCCAACCCCCCUUUUUUCUUUUUAUUUUUUUAUUAAGAUAAAAGAAUGCCAAAGGAGUCAAAUUGAUAGCUUUAUAAACCCCCCCUUUUUUCUUUUUUUUUUUUUUUUUUUUUUAUUAAGAUAAAAGAAUGCCAAAGGCUCCAUUUUUGUAUGAAAUAUAAAACUAUAAAAACACUGCCCCCUUGUGAUCUUCCCUAAAAAUGUAGCUGGUUAUUAAAAAGGAAGUUCUGGCAACAGUUCACUGUUAGGGUUGAGUGGUCCUGUUUGUUUCUUUCAUUUACAUAUAUAUUUCUAUAUAUAAAACACAAUUGCUAAGUUGUUAAUACUAUCUUAAAAUAAGCUAUUGCACAUGUGCUAUUAAAAGCGCUACAGGUGCAUCAUCUGCCAGCCCAAUCCAGAUUCUUAAUAAGGCAUUUGCAAAGCUGCAAUGAGUCCUACACAGCGCACUGCUGGCAAAACGCUACCUAUCACACCGCACGCUGCCAAACCCUAGAAGGGUAGGAAAUACUCUCAUUAUCAGAGGUACAUUUUACCCAGAUGAGAAAGUUUUCUAUUUUGCACCUACAGAGAUCUUCUAAAAGUAAAUUUUCAACAGUCUACUGCUGAAACAGAGUAAGUCUUGAGAACAGCCAUUCUUUUGAAAAUCAAAUUGGCCCGAGAAGUACCAUACACAUUUUAAAAAGUAAAUAAAUAGAGCGCCAAAGUGUAUAAAAUUAAUAUUCUUUCACCAUUAAUUAGUUCUUCAGAACUUAUUCAGUAGUGAAAUGGAAGUUAUCAUUAACUUUUUUUAUUAUUUUAUUUUUAAGGUAUUUGGAAAAAGAGGCUUGUAGGAGGAUCCAGAUUCCUUUUUGGGAGGAAAAAAAAAAAAACUCUAGUUAUU